AUGGCGGUUUCCCCGCUGGUCGUGCACCCCACGGAUGCUCUCCAGAACCCUCUUCAGAACGCUAGAUCGGUAUCGUCACCUCUGAAGAAUGCUUCAUCGGCACAGGCUUCGUCCAAUGGCACGCCCUUGCCGACCCAAGUUGCCCCAAAUGCUGCCGCUGCCAUCCAGACAGCCUCCCUCGAUCUGGCCGAGCAGCUGAACGAGGAGGAGAAGCGGAAAUACGUCAAAGGCAAGAAGCUCGGUGAGGGUACCUAUGCCAACGUCUACCUCGGAUUCCUACGAGGCGACUCAUCGCAACUCGUCGCCAUCAAGAAGAUCAAGAUCCAAAAGGAGUACACCGAGGGUAUGGCCCCCGAUGCCGUACGCGAAAUCAAGCACCUGCAGGAGCUGUCCCACCCCAACAUUAUAACUCUGCAUUCGGUUUUCUCCUCGAAGGACCAGAACCUCAACCUCGUCCUCGAGUACCUACCCCUGGGUGACCUCGAGAUGCUCAUCCGUGACACUGAUAGAGUUAAAUACGGUGCGGCUGACAUUAAAGCCUGGAUGGGCAUGCUGACGCGCGCCGUCUGGUUCUGCCACGAGAACUUCGUGCUGCACCGCGAUAUCAAGCCGAACAACUUGCUUAUUGCGGCAGACGGGGAGGUGAAAUUGGCCGAUUUCGGGUUGGCCAGGAGCUUUUCAGAUCCGUACAAGCCCAUGACAGCAAAUGUCAUCACUCGGUGGUACCGGCCUCCUGAGUUGCUGUUUGGCGCGAAGCACUACUCGGGUGUGGUGGAUGUGUGGUCCGUCGGCCUGGUCUUUGCCGAGCUGGUAAUCCGCACGCCGUAUAUCGCUGGUGACAGUGAGAUGCAUCAGAUCAAUCUGAUAUGUCAGGCCAUCGGCACGCCAACAGAAGAGAACUGGCCAGGUGUCACAAAGCUUCCCGACUACACAGUCGAAAAGGAGGUCGUGCCGCUUCGAGGGAGGGAUCACUACAUGGCCAUGUUUGGCACGGUGGGCUACGAGGGCGUCGAUCUUCUGAUGAAGACAUUGACCCUCGACCCCAAGAAGCGCAUCACGGCGCUGGAGAUGUUGAAGCAUGGGUGGUGGCAUAAGGAUCCGAAACCAACGCGCAACAGGGACUUGCCCCGAAAGUCAGGCGGACAGUCACAGGAGAAGCUCGGUGCUGACCUGAAGCGAAGGCCCGGUGUUGUAGAUGAGGACCGGGGCAGCAAAGUCUCACGGAAAUUAGACUUUGGAGCUGCACAAUAG